AUGGAUGCUACAUCCUCCGGUAUAGCUCAGUGGGUUGUCGAGCCUAGCAAACCUUUGCACAAGGAUAAGGUCCGUGGUGCGACCUCUGCCACUCGACUUCCCCUAUCUAGGCUUGAGCGACCUGGCAGUACCCCAGUCCUCUUGUCUCUUUCGUAUGGCAUGGCAGUUAGGCACCGAAAGAGUGCUACAGCUGAACGGUAUAUAAACCGGAACGCAGCACACAUCAAUACCAAGCGAGUCCAGUGUGAGUGCAAGAGCAGAUUGUUGUCCUGCUUGCUUCAGAGUGUGGACAUUGAACACGGUCAGAUAGACUGUGUCGAGGCUUGA